AUGUCUGAAGUAAAGAAACAAGAAAGGGACUUCACCCCCGAAGUGCAAGCCUUAGUCCCGGAGGCUACCGCUCUCGCAAAGGGAGGUAAACUGUCAGAAGCGAUCGAGAAAUUACUUGUCCUAGAGAAACAGACGCGAAAUGCCUCAGAUCUUAAAUCAACGACUACUCUUGCAUCGACCGUGUCCACCCUAACCUACGAAGCUCGUGACUUCGCCGCCCUUAAUUCCAAUAUUCUUCUCCUCAGCAAAAAACAUGGCCAGUUUAAAGUGACAAUUCAAUCGUUGGUAGAGCAGGCAAUGGGUUGGCUGGAGGAGGUGAGGAGUCGGGAUGGUUUAGAUAGAUGGCUCGAACUUGUCGAAACUCUGCGACAAGUUACGGAGGGAAAGAUCUUCCUCGAAACCCCUCGCGCGCGAGUAACACUUUCUCUUGCACUUUACCAUGAAUCCCUCGCAAACAAACCUACGAAGGAGUCGCCUCCGCCACAGAAGUCCCUCGAGACUGCUUCGGACCUUCUCUCCGAUCUCCAGGUCGAAACUUAUUCCUCGAUGGAGCGGCGAGAGAAGACAGAGUUUUUACUCGAACAAAUGCGUUUGCUUGUUCUCGUGGCGAGGGGGAAGGACGCAGAAUCGUCUGGUCUUAAGGAAAGCCGUGGUGAAGCGGAUUGGAUUAAGGUUCGCGUCGGUGGACGAAAGGUCAACGAGAGAUUUUUGAAGGAAAAGGGCAACGAAGAUUUGAAAUUAAAAUUCUACGACUUAAUGAUCCAAUAUGCAUUGCAUGGCAAAGAAUACCUCGAUGUUGCAAAAUACUAUCACAAUAUCUGGGAUACGCCGGGGAUCAAAGAAGAGAUGUCGGGGAAGGGUCGUGAGGCUCUCGAGCAUGUGGUUUACUAUAUCGUCCUCGCGCCUCAUAACAACGAACAAUCGGACAUGCUGCAUCGCAUAUACGCUUAUCCUGAGCUCACAAAGAUGGAGCUUCACCGUAAUCUCUUGAAAUGCUUCGUAACGAAGGAAAUCAUGCGAUGGCCCGGGAUCGAGAAUUUCUACGGUUCUGCUCUUCGUGGUACUGACGUCUUUGGCCAUGCAAACGCUGACAGAUGGGAGGAUCUUCAUACACGAGUGAUAGAACACAACAUCCGAGUUAUCGCAAGUUAUUAUACCCGCAUAUCCAUGAAACGUCUCGAAACGAUGCUUGACCUAUCUUCGAAGGAGACAGAGGAGACGUUAUGCAGAUUGGUCGUAGCGAAGACCGUGUGGGCUCGGAUAGACCGGCCAGCAGGGAUUAUUAACUUCCGUCAGCAACAGACUUCUGAGGACGUAUGUAACGAGUGGAGUUCCGACAUGCAACGGCUACUUGGAUUAGUAGAGAAGACGUGGAUGGGAAUGAACGCGGCUUUGGCUGCCCAAUCCCGCGUGAAAGCUCAGUCGUAGUGCAUGUAUCCGUCGUGUAGUAGUUU